AUCCGGAGGCCCCCGAAACACCCGCUCCCUCUCGCGGCACGGCCACCACCCCACACUCACGCCGAGCGGCCGAGCCGUGCCCACCUCGCCCCCGUUUGACUCCGACGCGCACGCGCACGCAUGGAUGUGCGGCAGAGGCAGAGGAGGGUGGCGCCGCCGGCAGUGGGCCAUGCGGGGGCGCCCCGGGUGCUGCAGGCGGGGGACGCGCUGCCGCUCCCGAUCCGGCACACGAACCUCAUCUUCUCGGCGCUCUUCGCGGCCUCGCUCGCCUACCUGAUGCGGCGGUGGCGCGAGAAGAUCCGCUCCUCCACGCCGCUCCACGUCGUCGACCUCACCGAGAUUCUCUCCAUCUUCGGCCUCGUCGCCUCGCUCAUCUACCUGCUCAGCUUCUUCGGCAUCGCCUUCGUCCAGUCCAUCGUCUCGUCCAGCGACGAGGACGAGGAUUUCCUGGUCGGCCCUCCCGCCGCGCCGGCGCCGUCGCAGUGCGGGCUUCUCGGGGGUGCCGACGCGGUGGUGCCCGAGAAAAUGCCCGAGGAGGACGAGGAGAUUGUGGCCUCCGUCGUCGCCGGGAAGGUGCCCUCCUACGUGCUCGAGACCAGGCUCGGCGACUGCCGGCGGGCCGCGGGGCUCCGGCGCGAGGCCGUGCGGCGGAUCACGGGGAGGCAGUUCGAGGGUCUCCCGCUCGACGGCUUCGACUACGCGUCCAUCCUCGGGCAGUGCUGCGAGCUGCCGGUGGGGUACGUCCAGCUCCCCGUGGGCAUCGCCGGGCCGCUCCUGCUCGACGGCCAGCGGUUCUACGUGCCCAUGGCGACCACCGAGGGCUGCCUCGUCGCCAGCACCAACCGCGGCUGCAAGGCCAUAGCCGAGUCAGGUGGCGCCACCAGCGUUGUGCUCCGGGACGCGAUGACGCGCGCCCCCGUCGCCCGCUUCCCCACCGCGCGCCGCGCCGCCGAGCUCAAGGCCUUCUUGGAGGACCCCGCCAACUUCGAUACGCUGUCCGUUGUCUUCAACAGGUCGAGCAGAUUUGGGAGGCUGCAGGGAGUGCAGUGCGCGAUGGCCGGGAGGAACCUGUACAUGAGAUUCAGCUGCAGCACAGGGGAUGCCAUGGGGAUGAACAUGAUCUCCAAGGGCGUGCAGAACGUGCUGGAUUACCUCCAGGAUGACUUCCCUGACAUGGAUGUCAUUAGCAUAUCAGGUAACUUUUGUUCUGACAAGAAGCCAGCCGCUGUAAAUUGGAUCGAGGGGCGUGGCAAGUCUGUGGUUUGUGAAGCAGUAAUCAAGGAGGAAAUUGUGAAGAAGGUUCUGAAAACCAAUGUGCAGUCUCUAGUAGAACUAAAUGUGAUCAAGAAUCUUGCUGGCUCAGCUGUUGCUGGAGCUCUUGGGGGGUUCAAUGCCCACGCAAGCAAUAUUGUAACAGCUAUCUUCAUAGCCACCGGCCAGGAUCCUGCACAAAAUGUGGAAAGUUCUCAGUGCAUUACAAUGUUGGAAGCUGUAAAUGAUGGCAAAGAUCUUCACAUAUCUGUCACUAUGCCCUCUAUUGAGGUGGGCACAGUUGGUGGUGGGACUCAGUUGGCGUCACAGUCUGCAUGCCUGGACCUGCUGGGCGUGAAAGGCGCCAACAGGGAAUCGCCAGGAUCGAACGCGAGGCUCCUGGCCACCGUGGUGGCAGGCGGGGUUCUCGCCGGGGAGCUGUCCCUCUUGUCCGCCCUCGCCGCCGGCCAGCUCGUCAAGAGCCACAUGAAGUACAACAGAUCCAGCAGAGACAUGUCCAAGGCCGCAUCUCUAAGUUCUUGAUUGAUUGACUCGACGAGCUGCAGCCCAAGAAACCAAUGGAGAAAUCUAGAGUGUGGCUUGAUUCUACACACAGGAAGUGCUCAUCAACAUCAAGCUGAGAAGAGUUUGACCAGUUUCUUUCUCGAUGCUGGCCGGUGUUUCUGUCGUCGUUCUUCGCGUGCUGCCGCUGCUGGCAUCGUCGACGGACGGCCCCGGGCGGCACCGGAGAAGCUAACCUUUUUAGCCUGUUUGUGUUCAUAAGGCUUUGUGGUUGGUUGGGUUGGUUACCUUGGCGCGCAAAGUGUGGGGAUCUUUUUGUAGCAUCGAAGUGUAGAGAUCUCUCUCCUUGCUUCAGGAAGCCAGCCUUGUAGUGGUAUCUGUUUCACCUUUUGUUUGCUUCUUUUUCCUUUAUGCUAGUCGAACAAUUUCGAAAGUUGGUGACGUGAUUGUAGAAAGAUGUGGGUCUCGGCGGAGUUCUCCAGAGCAUGGUGGCGGCUCCGUCCAUCCAUUGUCGUGUCAGCGGAGCGUCGUGCCCUUUCUGUAGAUCUGCCUAAUAUCUAUCCAGAUCAGAUGCA